AUGUACACGACAAGACCUAUAUCUAUGUACAAGAGGGAACCUGCUGCUCUUUCACAACGUCCAUUAGAACCAAAUUCAGGUUAUCUUGUAGUCUGGGAUGAGCCUCAACAUUAUAUUUGUUUCGGUUUGUGUGAGGAUCCAAAUAUCAGGCAUCUUCCUUUCCCUCAGGACAAGAACUUAACCAUCAAAUAUUCACGUGACAACCAAAAUAUUCAUCGGGACAAGGUCUUGUUCAUUCCAGUAUUGAAUCAGCCCUUGUCUUCAAACCGCUACUACGUGAUAAGAAGGCAGGGGAAACAUCAAGGCCAAGCAAGCACAAGUUCAAAGGAAGAGGAUAUGGACACUUGUUUGUGCUGCAGUUUUAUACAAGAUGUUAAACCAGGACCUCUGGAUCCCUCCAGUGAUUAUCAGCAGGUUGAGAUAAUCAAGAAGCAUCGCUAUUUUCAAGCAAAAUCCGUUGCCCCAGAUGGCGUUGUUCCUAUGUUUUUGAGGAGAAAAGGCUGGAGAGUUGGUGCUAACACUCCCCGCAAUUAUCAUUUGGAAGAAGCUUUAGGAUCAAAUGACGUCUUACGUAUUCAGCUACCUGAUUUCAACUUUUCUCUAUCCAAUGAUCGUUCUAAUUCAGUGGUUGUAGGAAAGUGGUAUUGCCCUUUUAUGUUUGUGAAGGAAGGAAUGAGAUUAAAGGAGCAGAUGAAAAUGUCAGUGUUCUAUGUGUUGACACUUGAGCAAAGAUGGGAAAAGAUAUUUUCAAAGGAAAAUGGAAACAGUGGAGAAAAUAGUGUGCUUGUAGAUGUUGUCAUUCAAAGAGAAGCUGCCAAGGUUGCUGGAAAGGAUGCUGUUUGGGACGAAAAUGUUGGGGUUGAUAGUGUGCUGUGGUUUAAGAGUUUUGAUGAUGCGGGAGCAGAGACUAGUGUUGGACUGAGUUUAGAAAUUGUUGAGAGAAUGAAAUGGGAGCAAGAAAGAGUUGGAUGGAUUGCCAGUAAUGAAAGGCAAGAGAGGGUUGUAAGAGUAGAGGAGUUUGGCGGAACAAACAAGUGGGAGAAAUUUAGCUGUUAUUUGAUGGUAGAGAGUUUUUUAUUAAAGAGAAUGGAUGGAAGUUUGGUGCUUACUUAUGAGUUCAGGCACACUCAUCAUGUUAGGUGCAAAUGGGAAUGAUCACUUUGGAAUGGAAUUCCUUUGCUUUUGUAUGUUGCAAUCCAGACAUUUCUGAAACCCAAAACACUUAUUGUUUUGGCAUGUUAAAGUUCAAAGGGGGAAAACAAUUUAUAUUAAGAAUUAUAGUUUGAAAAAUAUAUUUUCGAGCUGCAAUUAAACUUUCCCAUAUGUAUAGAUGUAUGAUUGUAUAUAUUUUGGUAGAGAAAAUACAUAAACCAAGGAGACACUUUCUGUAUGCAAGAAUAAUGAUAGUUAUAUAAGUAUUUGAUUACCAAGCACAAGUUUAGUCCAUUAAGUUAUUAUCCAAUG